UCAUUCUUCUCACCUUCCUUCCUGUCAAAACUUCUCUGAAGAUCAAUUCUCUCUUCUCCGUCUCUACAAUGGUUUGAUCAAUCUAAGGUCACUUCGACACUGGAAACCCUAAACGACUCCAACGGAGGCCACUUUACUCUCUCCCGGACCUUCUUCUUUUUCCCUUCCGAGAUCGAGAUGGUGAAAAACCGGAUUCCCGAUUGGAUGAACAGUUCUCUCUGGUCUGCUCCCCCUCCAACUCCGGACCAAGAUCAAAACAACGACGAAGACCGUAAUCGCAUCGUCACAACCGCAGGAAAAUCUACCGCUUCUACUGAAUAUUCAACUCCCUCUCAGUCGCCGGUUCGAGAAUCUGCACCGGUGAUUGUCCCUCCGCCGGUAAUGAUCAAGCCGGAGACUCAGAAGGUGGAAGCUAGGGAUCAAUCGAGUUAUGGCGGUGAUAAUGGUACUAGCUCUGUCACUUCAUCUGCCGAGGAAUUGUCUCGACAAGCUCAGCUCAUGCAAGAGCUUUCAAGGAAAGUGAUAAAUAUGGGCGAAUUGCGAAGAAUUGCAUCACAGGGUAUACCAGAUGGUGCUGGAAUCAGAGCAACAGUGUGGAAGCUUUUAUUGGGAUAUUUACCACCUGAUCGAGGGAUCUGGGCAUCUGAACUAGCCAAAAAGAGGUCUCAGUACAAACAUUUCAAGGAAGAACUUUUGAUGAAUCCUUCAGAGAUUAUCACGAGGAGGGUGGAGAAGACAAAUCUUGGGAAAGAGGAAGCAAAAUGUGAAAAUGGUGGCUUACUCUCAAGAUCAGAUAUAUCUCAUGGAGAACACCCUUUGAGUCUUGGGACGACCAGCGUAUGGAAUAAGUUCUUUCAGGAUUCAGAGAUCAUAGAGCAGAUAGACAGAGAUGUAAAACGUACUCAUCCUGACUUGAAUUUUUUUUGUGGGGACACCGAAUUUGCAAAAUCAAACCAGGAAUCUUUGAGAAGCAUAUUGAUAAUCUUUGCAAAGUUGAAUCCAGGCAUAAGAUAUGUGCAAGGAAUGAAUGAAAUUCUGGCACCUUUAUUCUACGUCUUCAAAAAUGACCCUAAUGAGGAAAACUCGCUCUCUGCAGAAGCAGACACGUUCUUUUGCUUUGUUGAGUUGUUAAGUGGAUUCCGGGAUCAUUUCUGUCAACAGUUGGAUAACAGUGUUGUUGGGAUCCGUGCUACAAUUACCAAUUUGUCUAAACUUGUGAAAGAACAUGAUGAGGAGCUUUGGCGUCAUCUUGAGAUCACAACAAAGGUCAAUCCUCAGUUUUACGCAUUCAGAUGGAUAACUCUUCUCCUGACUCAAGAGUUCAAUUUCGCCGACAGUAUCCUCAUCUGGGACACACUUUUAAUCGAUCCUGAGGGUCCACUUGAAACUCUACUUCGAGUUUGUUGUGCUAUGCUGAUAAUUGUUAGAAGACGUUUACUAGCUGGCGACUUCACCUCUAACCUCAAAUUACUGCAGAAUUAUCCUCCAUCGAACAUCAGCCACUUGCUCUAUGUAGCCAACAAGCUUCGGACACAUUGAGUUUCAUAAAUAUUUGCUUUGUAAAAUUUAUCCACAAAAUAACAACAAAAAAAGGGAUUGUAAAUGUCUUGAAAUCAGAACAGCUGCUGUCAAUCAUUUAUUUGCAGGAAGUUUGUACCCUUGUGAUAUGUUUUGGUGAUGCACUUUGUAGGUCUGUAACUGUUAUUUUUUUUUUUUAUAUCUUACACGUAUGGAUAUGGAUUAUGGAAAAGUGAAACUUUUAGGAUUUUUAUUUUUU